AUGGAGAUUGAAACUCUCUGCAAGUCCUCGACAUUUUGCGCGCGUGCCCCUUGGAGACAUCCGUGUCAUCAUGGUGGGAGAAAGUUCCGGGCCGAUGGAAUGGGAUGUGGCUCUGUUUUGAGGCCAUUGCGAAUUUGCGCUUUCACUGCUUUGAUCUUGUCAAGGCGUUCCCAGGCUCGAAGAUGUCUUCCUGCAAUAGAAACCUUCGAAGAAGAGGAUCAAGAAGGGAUUGAUGAUACAGACGAAGGUGAUGAAGAGGGGAGGCGAAGCUUCGAAAACUGUGUUGGUUCUUACGCCUGGCUUUGGGAGACUCAGGACUUCGAUUGGACAUCUUUGGCAGGAAGAAGUGAGAGACAGUCCAAGACGACUGUGGCAUUGAUUAUAGGCUACCUCGGCCACAAAUUCGUGGGGCUGCAGCAGCCGUGUCAGCAAGGCCUAGGCCGCACGGACUUUGUUCGAGCAGUUGAGACGGAGCUGGAGCUUGCGCUCUUCAAGGCAGGUGCGAUGAUCCCUGAGAACUUUGGCAACCUUUGCAGGCUACGAUGGAGUCGAGUGGGUCGCACGGAUGCUGGAGUGAGCGCUUCUUGCAACGUUGUUUCCGGCCGCCUCAUUGUUGGAAAGGACCCUGAGUCCCUGGAAGAGUUGGUGCAGCGGAUCCGAUCGUUCCUACCUGCAGAUUUGGCAAUUCAUGGCGCGGCGUUUGUCUCUAAGCGCUUCAGCGCUCGUCGAGAAGGGUGUCGCAGGGCCUACGAAUUCUUGGUGCCCAGCUUUUGCGUAGCACCCACCCGGGCCAAGACUCGGACGUGGUUGGCUGCACGGAGGCCAGAUGUGAUGCCUACAGACUUUACCGUAGAGGACUUGAAGCUUCUGGAAGAAGAGUUGAAACUUCGAGAGGUACGGCUCUCGGCGGAGCAGUUGAAACGCUUUCGAAGGGCGUUGGCCGCCUUCGAAGGGACGCAUUUUUUCGGAAACUUUGCGAAUAAGAAGCUGGACCCACGGGGACCUCAGGGAUACCGACAUGUGCGGAGGUUCCACUGCGGUGAUCCAUGGGUCGACGAAGAUGGACGUGAGUGGCUGACCUUGGAGAUUUGCGCUGAUAGCUUUCUAACCCAUCAGAUUCGGAAGAUGGUUGCGACUGCGGCCUUGGUGGCGCAGGGGGCCUUGUCUAUGGAAUUCAUCGAUGCUGCGAUGCACAGGCGCUUAGAUGUCAAGACGCAGCGCUUUCCUCCCAAUGGGCUCAUUUUUGUGAGGCCAUCCUUCAAAGCCAAAACGAUCACCGGAAAGCCAUCCACAGUGGAGGCGGCACUGGAGUCUGAGGAGGUGCUUACAAGAACAGCAGAGAUGCAGGAGUCACUGAAGAAGGCGAUCAUCAAGGAAGCAGAGGAGGGACUUAGCGCAGUGUACUGGCUUGCUUGUGUUACCCACUACGAGCCUGAAGACAUGGAAAGUGAGGUACUGGCGGAGUACCGAAAGUUUAUGCCCAGAAAUGAGCAGUACAUCAAGGCUAGACAAGCUGCAAGCACUCAGGUUACUUGCAUCAUUGCCAGCCAGGGUGCGCAACUAUGGCUUGGGCGAAACCCGCGGCCCAGAUGA